CAGCGCUGUUAGUCGCUCCGUUUCAGCCCCUUCCUGUUAUUGUGUUCGUUUCUUGUACCUUCUGAUUUGCUUGGGGUACCUGUGUUUCCGGAUUCCGAUUUGAGCAAUUCUAUGUUACAUGUUCGGUUAUAGUUGAUUUCCCUGCGGACAACCUGAUAUUUUUUCCUUGUCCCUGGCAUCCUAGCGUGCUGAUGAUAAAUGAAAGGGACUUUAUCUUCCGUCACAUUUUUGUUGUCUUGUACUAGCAUAGGAAGACCAGUCAAGCUGAUUGAUCCUAGUUUCGAAUUGUACUGGCUGCUUGUGCCAUUCCGUAUUCUAUCUGUAUAUCCCUGCGUAACCUUUGCUGACAGUUUGGUGUAAAUAUAAGAAUUAAUCCUAAAGUUGGAGCGGUCCUCCUGAAAUACGAAUCUGUAUAUCUGUAUCGGGUAAAGCUUGAGCGUAUACUAAUCAUGCCAAACUAUCAAGUGCUGCAGCACUAAUUUUUCUUUUUUUAUUAUCUUACUGUGUAAAAUAAGAAUGUAUUUUGUUUGCCGCAGUCAUUGGUUGAGAAAUGAAAACUGAAACGGCAUAUUUACCUCACCACAUUUUUUUGGUGAGAUGAUUAUAGUUAUUCAUGCUUAGGUUUGGUUAAGGGCCUCUCUUCAUUUAAUGUGAAACCUUGAUGUGAUCAUGCUUCAUUAAUAGAUACUAUCUUCUGUUGUGUCCAGCAGGGGCGGAUCUAAUCCCAUGACAUCAGUGUUUUUUCUGCUAAUCUGAGUGAUGUCAAUAGCGAACAACGCUUAUACAUAGACGUGCUGUGCUAGGUAACAGUAGGAGUGACGCCAAUGAGAAAUGUUUUUGGAACCACCCCUGGUGUCCAGGAGCAAGAGGGCUAUGAGACAUGGACUUUUCAUUUUAAACAACAUCUAGAGGACCACCUGGACUAAGCUUUUAAGUCAGUAUAGAAUGGGUGGCUGCUGUUGCUGUUCGUCGAGAAGAUCUGAAGUAGUUAGAGCACCAGUUGUCUAUCGUCAACACAAUCUUGAGGAGCAUGAGCCAUUGUCCUCAGCUUUUGAUGGAUCAUCGCCGGCCUCUGCAAUUGUUGCAGUAGACACAAAUCUGGAUACAUCCACACCUGACACUUAUCGAGCACCACCUGCACCUUUGCCUUAUGAUGUCGUGUUGGCAGUUCCGGAUGACCCUGGUUUGGAGAAGUCAGACAUUAAGAGCAAAACUGAUGACCAACAGGAGUCCAUGAAUAACCAGGAGUCCUUAAAGGUGGAUGAGUCAUGUAAGAAGGGUGUCCUUGAAGAUAAGCCUGACGAAGAGGAUGUUUGUCCUAUCUGCCUUGAAGAAUAUGAUGAAGAAAAUCCCCGUUCCGUAACUAAAUGUGACCAUCAUUUCCAUCUUUGCUGCAUCCUUGAAUGGAUGGAACGAAGUGAUACUUGCCCAGUUUGUGAUCAGAUAACCUUGGUGGAUGAGAUGUUCGAAUAAGCCUGGUAACCCUGGUGGAUCAUCUCUUGAAGCUCUUGGUUACUGAGGAAGGUGUUGUCAGCAAAUACUCUGCUCUUGGUAUUGAUCCGUUCCGCGUUGCUCUACUGGUAAUGAAUUGAGGAAAACGAAAUUGAAAGGUUGAAUGGCAUGAAAUGUAUUUGCGCCACCAUGGUUCUAUUGCCUUCUUUGCCAUGCUUUCACUGUUCAUAACAGCAGGUGGAUUAGGGAACUGCUUGGUUGAAAUAUAUAUAUGUCGGUUAGCAGGUUGAUUCAGUUCAAAGUAUAAAACCCUUCCCUUUUCUUUUUUCUGAAUUCAGACGUCUGUCGGUUCAUCCAUGAUUCGGUCAGCUGUGUAUAUCAUACAUUAGGUAGGUGACAGGUAAAAAUGGUCUAGAUGGGGUUUUCUUUGUACAAUCCAGCUAUUCAGGCUUCCUGUAUAUAGUCCUUCCUAUUUUAUUCCUUUUGUCUUGUCAGAAAAGUCGUAGGGAAAUUUUUUC